GAACGAGAAACAUUGACAGUUUCAGUUGAGAUUUUCUUAUAUAACCAUCAAGUUUAAUUCAAUAACAUAUAAUAACUAAAGAUGUCUGAUUUAUGUCCAGUUUAUGCUCCAUUCUUUGGUUCUAUCGGUUGUGCAUCUGCCAUUGUCUUCACCUGUUUUGGUGCUGCUUACGGUACUGCUAAAUCCGGUGUUGGUAUUUGUGCCACCUGUGUCACCAGACCAGAUUUAUUAGUUAAGAAUGUUGUUCCAGUUGUUAUGGCUGGUAUUAUUGCCAUUUAUGGUUUAGUCGUUUCCGUCUUGGUUUCCGACUCCUUGGCUCAAAAACAAGCUUUAUACACCGGUUUCAUUCAAUUAGGUGCUGGUUUAUCCGUUGGUUUAUCCGGUUUAGCUGCUGGUUUUGCCAUUGGUAUUGUUGGUGAUGCCGGUGUUAGAGGUACUGCACAACAACCAAGAUUAUUCGUUGGUAUGAUUUUGAUUUUGAUUUUCGCUGAAGUUUUAGGGUUAUAUGGUUUGAUUGUUGCCUUAUUAUUGAACUCUAGAGCUUCUCAAGAUGUUACUUGUUAAGUUAACUAAAAAUCACAGUUUCCGCAUUUUUAUAUAUAUUUGCUUUGUUCCUUUAUGGGGAAGUCAUAGACGUUAUCCCAUUUGUAUAAAUCAAUAUUACAAUUAUACAUUAUACACUUACUGUACAUAAACUUUUGCAAUUCUAGCUGCAAUUUGGUUUCUUAAUGUUUUGGUAAGACUGCUGACGUCAGAAGGUACAUCUUUCACGAUCCUUCUCCAAUCAUACAGAGUGCUCUCCUCUUCAAAGUGAUUUAUACAGUACACGUAUAAAUCAGCAGCAUCUUUCAACUCCUCUUCGUUAGUUUCAUUUUCAAAAUUAUCGAUAACUUCAACCAUUACUACUAAGUCAGGUAACAAAAAUUCCGAGCUUGGUCUUGUCAAAAAUGGCAAGAAUUGACUUAAUAACAAUGGCAUGAACUUCUUUGGCAUGUAAUUGAAACGUAAUAAAUGUAACAAUUUAGACAACUUGACACUGAACUUAAUCAGGUCAUCCUCCAAGCUAUCAAAGAAAGCUUUCAAUACAGCAUAAGGAGCAAGACAUUGGCGAAUGACAGGAUGCAUAUCGACAGUGGUAGCUACUGAUUUGGUAACCAAAUUAUUUAUUAGUUCAUCCUGGAAUGGUCUAUUGUUAGUUAUUGAAUCAAGGAAGAUCAAAUCCCAUAUAAUGAAAUGAACCUUUUCCAUUGCUUCUUGAUGAAUUUCACCACCGGUUGAAUCAUAGCAAUGAACAAAAUUGUUUAAUGAUUCAUAAAUAUAUCCUUCGUCUAAUGAUUUUAACCCAUAAUUGUAAUAUAAUCGUUUUGCUGCAGUUAUCAAAUUUAAUUGAGCACAUAUAGUCAAUGCCCAUUCCAAAUCAUCAUUGGUUCGACAUUGAUAUUCUGGCAAGAAGUCACCAAUCACAUCUCUAUUGUGUGAAUAUGAACUACGACAAAUUGAAUUGUUUAGUAAAAUUCCAAGUCCAACAGGAACCAAGUCAUGGAUAUUCAACAGUUCGUAGGCAUGUCUGACCAAGAAAUAUUCAGAUAUAGUCUUGUUAGUCAAACGAAUAGUCUGUGGAAUAUUGUAAUAGCCUUGGAGAAGGCCCUUUAAUUCUAAAAGUUGAGCGAUAUAUGCAGUAGUAGUUGGUUCUAAUUCGUGCAUUGUCUUUAGCAUCUUGAGGAAAUUUCGUUCAAGAAUAUCAAGGUAACAACCAUCACUAAUAUCUUCCAAUGAAGAGUUUGUGUAUUGUGGAGGCACUUUCUCGUUUAUAGCUUGUUGGAAAUACUCAGGGAAUAAAUCAUCGUCAUCUCUGACCUUGUACAAUGCGAGAGCAAGAUAUACUUCAUACCAGGUAUCACAGUAUUGGGAAAUAGUCUUGGGAAGACCUGAAAUUAUGCUGGCUAAGUCAUAAAUUUGCGUCAAGAUAAUACCAUAUUUGGCAUCAUCAAUCUUGACAUUGGCUAAUGAAUCUCUGAAUUCACAAGCUAAUAACUUCCACUGUGGGAAUUGUCCCUUGAGGGCAAAUGAAGAAUAAUCUGCUAAUAAGGUAUCUAAAUCGGAAAUAAUUGAAUAUAAUUCCGGGCAUGAUUCUUCCAAUUGAUCAUAUUGACUGUGUUCAAUAGCUUGUGUAGCUUGUGUGAAUAACCCUCUGGUUAUUAAUUGUGCCAUAUAUACGUUCCAGAAUUGGGGAUGGGAGUAUGGUUCAGGAUUGGAGAUCAUGAUUGUUUCAGUUAGUUCUAGAUCUGGCUUAGGGUGAAAUGUGUUGACCCAUUCUAAAACCAAUUCAGGCUUUCUCUUAAUGUCAAAAUAG